UUUGGAAGGGGAGGGAGAGUACUCAACAUCCAUCACACCCACCCCAUAUGGCAAUGGAGGAGACAAAAAAUGUUGCUAUCAUCUUUGGGGUCACUGGACUUGUUGGGAGAGAACUGGCUAAGAGGCUUCUUUCACAAUCUUCUUGGAAGGUUUAUGGCAUAGCUAGAAAUCCAGAGAAGCUACCCAUUUCCACAAGCCCUUGUUACCAUUUCAUCUCUUGUAACUUGCUGAGCCCUCUCGAGGCUCAGAAGAAGCUCUCUGGCUUGCAUGAUGUGACCCAUGUAUUUUGGGUCACAUGGGCAAGACAGUUCCCCUUAGACACCCAAGAGAGUUGUGACCAGAACAAGGCCAUGAUGUCCAAUGCUUUGAGUUCCAUGCUCUCAACAGCCAAGAAUCUGAAGCAUGUUUCCCUUCAGACAGGGACCAAACACUAUGUAUCCCUUCAGGCCCCUUUUGAUGAGGAGAAGAAGCUCCUCUACUACCAUGAAGAGUCCCCUAGAAUGGGCAAAGUCCAUAAUUUCUACUAUGCUCUUGAGGAUUUGCUCAUGGAGAAGCUCAAUGGUAAAAUUUCUUGGUCUGUGCACAGGCCUGGUUUAUUGUUUGGAAGUUCUGUUAGAUCAUUCUAUAACUUCAUGGGUAGCUUGUGUGUUUAUGGGACUAUUUGCAAACACCUGGAGCUCCCUUUUGUGUUUGGGGGAACUAGGAAGUGUUGGGAGGAGCAUUACAUUGAUGGGUCAGAUGCUAGGCUUGUAGCUGACCAGCACAUUUGGGCAGCAACAAAAAGUGGCACAAUUGCCACAAAUGACCAAGCUUUCAAUUCCAUUAAUGGCCCAGCUUUCACUUGGAAGGAGACUUGGCCAAUUAUUGGGAAGAAAUUAGGGGUGCAAGUCCCACAAGACAUGUUUGUUGAGAAUUUCUGGUUUUCUAAAGCCAUGCUUGAGCAGCAGCAAGUUUGGGAAGAGAUUGUGGAAGAAAAUGGGUUGGUGCACACAAGUGUGGGAGAUUUGGCUAAUUGGGAAUUUCUUGAUGCAUUGUUUAGAUUCCCUUUCAAGCUCUUGGGGAGCAGAGAUAAAGUUGAUGAGUUUGGCUUUGCUGCAAGGUACAAGACAUUGAAUUCAAUGUUGUAUUGGAUUGAUUGCAUGAGAGAUGAGAAGGUCAUUCCCUAGAGAGUUCUUGCUAGCUUUGACUUCAAUUUGGAGUUGUUUGGUGAAGAAUUUAUGGAGCACCAUAAACCUUAAGAAAAUUAUUGGCAGGGUCUUGUUUGCAUGUGCUUGUUGACAUAAACCCUUUAUUGCGGCAUAGUUUACUAGUUUAUCUGCAUAUGGAGUCAUCCAACUUAAUAAUAUAUAUAGCUUCUUUUGCACAUCACUGUCCCCUGGUAUUACUUGUUUUCAGCCACAAGUUGUGGCGUGGCUUUGUCUUCUCCAUGCACUAACAAUAACAUAUUGUUUUGGUGGCUC